AUGGUCAGAGAGGCAAUGAAGACACAAGUCGCGAUGUUGCAGGAGUUUGCCGGAGCACUCGAGGCAGUCUUGCACGAGCUGGAGGGUGCGGUGGAGAGGCUGAAGAAGGUGCAGAAGAGCGAGGAUGCCGAGGACCUCCUCACCAACUUCCAGCGCGCCGUCUCUGCUCAGCCAGACUCGGAAAAGGCGGCAAAGUCUGCACAAUGGUUAGGCACCGGUUCGCAGGAGCUUCGCCCCAUACGCCGUCCCGAUAAAAGGCGAUGGACAACUUCCAUGGGCGGCAUCGGUGGGGCACUGACGCCCGCAUGCUUGGUGACACCACUGGAGGAUGCAGACACGCCAGCAACUUCAACUGUAGUCAGCGCAGCAGCGAGUGAAGUCGCGAGCGACAACUCAGACUCGCCGCCUAUGUCCCGCCGACCAUCCCUAAGGGAUGGCAAGGACAUGAAACAACCUCGCAAAGCGAGCCGUAUCACCUUCGAAGGGCAGCUCCAUGCAUUGGACACGCCAGGUGAGGAGGACGAGGACAUUGAGAAGGGAGCUGGCAGUGAUACAUCCUCUAUUGGCAAGAAAAGUGACGCGUCUUCGAUGAACUGGCGUGCGGAUGCUUUGGACGUUGGCGAAAAUCUGGCUGCCGAAGCUGCUGCGAAGAAGGGCCACAUGUCUGUCGAUUCCAUCGUGGCUUUAGUACAAGAGGAACGGGAGCGAUGGGAAGAAGAGAGACAGGCACUCGAGCUCAGGGUGGAAGAGCUGAAGGAGAAGCUGCGAUCCAUGCAGGCCGUGCACAGCCGCCCGGAUGCGGAGAAGAGGGCCCUCAAAAUUGAGCAGCAGGAGUUGCGCAAGGUCAUCAAGGCUCGCAGCAGGUUUGGUGCUUGGGUCUGCGCUCGGGUCUCAGCCUUUUUCAUGUUUCCUGUUGGACUGCUGGAAGCACGUCCAACUGGCUUUGAGGAGAAACACAUGGCGGAGAGCGAUGACGAGGAUAUGCCGAUAGCUUUUCUCCCUCAACCACAAAUCCGAGAGUCUGAAAUGAUGUUUGUUCAGCGGCACCCAGACCGCCUGGCCACUGCCGCCCUUGCCGGUGAGAAGCCGGGAUUCGCGUGCGCAAGCUUCCGGUCUAAGCCCAAGCCCCGCAACAUCCCUUUGCGUCCUCUCGGAAAGUGGGGCAUUGCCGCCUCGUGGCGUCGCGUGGCGUCGCUGCAGGAGACCGAUGGCGAGAAGGAGGAUGCUGAGAGCAAGCGGUUCGCGGUUCGGAUCAGACUCAAGAGCCAGGCUUCCAUCAGCUGCAAAGUGCAGCGUCAGGAGCUCCGGCGCCAGAUGGCUUCACGCUUUGCACAGCUUCGGGCUGUGCGGAUCCUAAUCGGGGGGGCGCUGGUCGGACCAUCGGACCGUCGCUGCGGCAGGCGCGGGCAGCUGCCGGCGCUGGCAGUGCAAUUUCAAGUGAGUCGGACGCAUCUCCAAUCCGAAGGUGCGCAGGGAGGAAGGCAUGUCAAAGUCGGCGAGGUCUGCACCCAAGCCCCGAAAGAGCUUCUCAAAGGGCCACCGUCUUUGCAGGACCAUGUCGAAGCUUACCUGGACCAAAUGAUCAACGUCCUCCACACAGAGGUGAGAAAGCUGCAAACCACCUUCAGCCAGCACUUGAGAGAAUAUGAGGUGGCUUUGUCACAGUUUCGCCCGGAGAACGGACACGAACGCUCGUGGGCGCGUCAGGACGUGGAGCUCCUGAGGCAGCAGGUGCAGCUCAUGGAGCGACAGCGGAGACAGCGGAACCUCGAAGUCGGCAAGCUACGAAAGGCAAUGAAAGAAGUCCGAAACGCCCUCUUCGUAGAAACUCCCGCUGCGGCACAGGGCCACUUGGCUGCGCAGCAGCUUCUGGACGAGGUUCGGACAGAGCGUGAGCGCAGGCUCGCUGAAAAGCGUUAUCUGGAGGACCAGAUCAAGAAGUUGAAAUCUGAGGUCGAGGAGCUGGAGGAGGGGCAAGCCGCUACUCCAGCCUUUGACCACGAAAAGGAAAAGCUGAAAGCUUCUGUCAGACAACUGAAGAUGUCGAUUGAGUCCAAAGACCGAUAUGCAUGCUGGGUCUGCAAUCGUGCGCAUGAACGCCAAGACGAGUCUGCUGAAGGCUCCGACGCCGGCGAGGACUCCGACAAACAUGACGAGUGUGUCAUGAUGCGGAGGCGCUUGGUAGAGAUGGAGGAGGAGAUUCGCGAGCUGACUGGCCAGGGAGGUCCAGGUGCUGCGACCUUUGAGCCCGCUCAAGCCAGCCAGAGCCGGCGUUCUGCCAGACUGUCCCAUGAACCUCCCAGCGUGACAGAGUCAACUUUGAGUCCGACUUCCACUCUUCGAUCUUCUCGGGAUCGAAUGCCAACCCCAUGGGCUCAGGCGUCCACGGUGGCAGAGGCAUCUGUGCAGUUCUCGGAUUCUGUCUCGGCCGUCACCUCAUUGGAAGUCCCGGAGAACGUCCCGGAGGUUGGCAAUAGGUCCGUGCGCGACCGCAUCCUAACCCCAUUCGUGGCGGCCAACGUGACAGCCUCCGAGGAUCGCAGAGCACUGCUGGCACCGGUCCUGUCAACAGUCGAGGAGUUUGAAGCGCAGAGCUCCCGGGAGAGGCUUCGCUCAAGCCGAGACAGGAUGCCUACACCUCAUGUAAGUUCAGAGAUGAUCGAGGAAACUGAGACCUACGCAUCUUCUGGAAAAACAGUUCGAAUCUUCCCUGCAGCCGACAUGGAGGCCAUUCCAGCCUCCGGCAGAAGACGGCCUAGCCGGGAGAGACAAGCCACCCCUUUCGAGGAAGACAUGCCUCCCAACGACACACGGACCGUCCAGUUCAGUGGUGCGGUGAGCACCGAGGCCAUUCCAGCCUCCGGCAGAAGACGGCCUAGCCGGGAGAGACAAGCCACCCCUUUCGUCAAGGAGGAAGACGUGCCUCCCAACGACACGCGGACAGUUCAGUUCUCUGCUGCCGUGAGCACCGAGGCGAUUCCGGGCUCUGGUGGCAGACGGUCCAGCCGCGAAAGACAAGCAACUCCUUUCGUCAAGGAUUUCCACUGUCUUACAAUACAGACUUUCGACCUCGGUUGGAAGCAGGAGGACGUGCCGAACAAUGUGCGUACCGUGCAGUUCAGUGGCGCCGCCUCGGUUCAAUUCUCCGACACGGUUUCGAUCGCCAGCGGAGCACUGGAGCUGCCGGAGACGGUGCCGGAGGUUGGCAAUCGGUCGGUGCGCGACCACAUCACCACACCCUAUGCGCCUGCAGCUGCCUUGUCUGAGGCAGUGACUCAGACACGCCUGCAGAUGCGGCUGCCAAGACUGUUCGGAUACUUCGGGCAGCUGAGAUCCAGGAAGAUGCACCUGACGACAUGCGCACCGUCCAAUUCAACAGCGUGGUCAGUGCAGCCCAUGUCACAAGAUGAAGUGAGGCCGACUCGCGACAGAGUUGCGACACCGUUUGGACAACCUGCAGACGAGGAUGCACAUCAGGAUCGCAGGGUAGCGCUUGCACCGGUCUUGUCCGUGGUUGAGGAGUUCGAAACAGACGGCUCAGUCACACACUUCCGGCCCAGCCGAGACAGGAUGCCCACUCCGUACAUGAGUCCGCAGCUCGUGGAAGAGGAUGCGUUCGUCAAUGCUGGUAAGACCGUUCGAGUACUGCCUUUCGCCGACGCGAAGGCCAUUCCCGUUUCCGGCCAAUGCCGAUCCAGCCGAGAACGCCAGGCAACUCCUUUCUUCAAGGAGGACGAGUCGGUGGCGGAGAGGACCGUGCAAUUCAACGAAGUGAUCAGCACCCAGGCGACUGCAGCGGAGGGCUGCGAAGCUGGACGACGGUCGGUGCAUGACCGCAUUGCAACUCCUUAUGCCGGAAACGUUGAUCCCGAGGAUCACCGGGUGGUCGUGCCAUCGGAUGCCUCAGUCGAGGAGUUCGAGGUGGAAAGCCUCGAAGCUGAGCUGCGCUCAAGCCGAGACAGGAUCCCCACCCCCCACGUAAGCAGUGAAAUGGUGGAGGAGGCUUUCCACAAUUCUGGUAAAAGCGUUCGGAUCUUUCCGGUUGCAGAGAUGCAGGCAAUUGCGGCCUCUGGGCAGAGACGCUCCAGUCGAGAACGUCAAGCGACGCCGUUUUUCAAAGAGGAGGAAUGCGAAGUGCCUGACGGUGGGCGGAGCGUAAACUUUGACGAAUCGAUCAGCACAGAGGCCGUCUUGCUCGAGCCGCAGGCCGGCAGGCGGCCAGUACGUGAGCGCAUUUCAACACCCUUCACCUCGAUGGCUUUCAGCUCUUUCCAGGAUCGUCGAGUGCAGCUUGCUCCAGCUCCCACGGCCGUCGAGGAAUUUGAGCCAGCUUCCCAAAAGCUCCGACCAAGCCGAGACAGGAUGCCGACACCCCAUGUCAGCUCCAACAUGAUUGAGGAGACGUUUGCGAACUUUUCGAAAACCGUUCGCGUGUUUCCGGCCGCAGAGACGGAGGUCAUACAUCUCUCGGGGGAGAGACGGCCCGUUCGGGAACGUCAGGCGACACCGUUCUUCAAGGAGGACAACGAGUUGAACUCGAAAGCAGUCCAGUUCAACGACAAAGUCAGCUGCGAAAUCCCAAGCAAGGUCGUUGCUGCUGCGCAGUCCAAGGUCGGUCGAUCGGUGCGUGACCGAGUCGCGACCCCGUUUGCUGCCCAAACACAGGAGUUCGAGGACCAUCGCGUGCUGCUCACACCAGUCGUCUCCACAGUGGAGGAGUUCGAGGUGACAGGUUCCAACUUCCGUUCAAGCCGAGACAGGAUUCCGACGCCUCACGUGACUUCGGAGAUGGUGCAGGAGAUGUUGCUCCACGUGAGCCCCGGGAAGACCGUCCGAGUCUCUCCUGCAGUCGACGUCGAGGCCAUUCCCGCAUCAGGAAAGAGACGGUCAAGUCGAGAUCGACAGGCAACCCCAUUCUUCAAGGAGGAUGUGGUGGACGACACUUUCAGUCAGGAGGCCGCCAUAAGCUCAGGCAUUGAGCGUGAGAUUUCCGUGCGCGUGAAGCUGAACGCUCAGCGGCAAGCCAGGGAGGAGCGCCGGGUGCACAUUGGCACUGCAGAUGCGAAUGUCCCCCUGGCUUUGGAAAGGUGUUCUUCGGCAGACAGUGGCAAUCCCGAAGCCGAUCUGGCUCGUCACAUCGUUGCCAGAGCCGUUAAGGACACGGAGCUUCUUCGCAACACUCUGCGCAAUCUCGCGUUUUUCGAGACCUUCGAUGACGAUUCUUUGCAUUGCCUCAUUGAGGCCAUGGAAGUGUAUGAGUUCCAGCCUGGUGAGAAGGUGGUGCGUCAGGGAGACACCGAUGGUACGCACUUCUUCGUGGUCGCGCACGGGGAGUUCUAUAUCGUAAAGGACAACAGCAAGCGCUGCUACAUAGGGCCUGGGUCUUCCUUCGGCGAAAGCGUUUUGUUGCUCCAUGGCGAACGUAGUGCCACUGUCUGUUCCCAAGGAUGUUCUCGUGCCUAUGGCAUGGCAGGCAUGCAAGUGCGCGAGCUACUGCGACAGCAGUAUGAACAAAUGCGGCAAAGUGUCGUCGAAGCAAUGGAUGAGGUGCUCAAGUCGAACCAGUGCGAGAUCUUGUCGGGCCUGAACGGAUACCAGCUUCAAAGCCUUUAUGAUCAGGUCGAGAUGAAAUCCUUCAAACCAGGGGAGCUAGUCCUCCGGGAAGGCGACUUGCCCAACGAGGUUUUCAUCCUUUUCAGUGGAGAAGUAGACUCGACGUCAGGAGGACAGAAGAUGGGCAAAGUUCCCAGGUUCUACUUGAUGGGAGACCGGGCACUUUUGUUCGAGGAUGGACUGGCUUUUGAGCAGCCGACGAGCUUGACUGCAGCCACAGCUGUUGAGCUGCUGGUGCUGAAGCGAAGCCUACUGGACUCCCUAUUCGGCAGCAGGUUGCAACAGGUCCUCGUGAGGAACAGGGUCCUCUACGUAUUGGCGCAGCACGAGGAUUUUUCCCGGCUGCACCAAGAGCACAGAGAAGCUAUCGCCACCGCGUGCCAGAUACGGUGUUUGCCUAGAGGCUCGGAGGCCAGUUGGGAGGACGUGCGGGUCAUCAUGGCAGUAAACGGCGAGGUUCAGCUGAGCCUUGCGACUGGUCCACAGCACCUGCUUGGUGCUUCGUCCGAUCUCUAUAUGUUCGGCAUGCCGAAUAGGGAUCUGCAGAUGCCACUCAAGCUCCAAGCACUUGCUGAUUCGAAGAUUGCGGUUUGGCAGCGCGAGGACCUGGAAAGCAUCCUUACGUUCCAUGACUUUGAUGGCGCUUUGGAGCAGGACAGCAAGGUCCGAAGUCUGCGCUCUGUGUUUGUUUUCUCGACACUGUCCAAGCACCAACUUCAACGUUUGGCACGCGCCUUGGAGAUUGAGACCGUCAAGUGUGGCAGCCGUGUGUUUGCGCAAGGUGACCAAGGAACGCACUUCUACAUCAUCCGAAAGGGUGCGGUCAGCGUGGAAAUCGAUGGCUGUCAAAAGCGGCGGCUUGGCCAUGCGGAUUAUUUCGGGGAGCGUGCUUUGCUGGGAAACGAAGUUCGCAGUGCCAGCAUUACUGCUUUGGAGGACACGGAGCUUUGGAAAAUGGGCAAAGAAACCUUCCAGGAAAUGAUGCAAGGCCAGUGUCUGGACUACCUGAAAGACCGGAUCUCUUUGCAGGACACAGCUUUGACGUUUAAAGACCUCGAGUUCGUCCGGGUCAUCGGGCGAGGUGGCUUUGGAGUUGUGAAGAUGGUUCGUGCCAAGAAGACUGGAGUAAGGUAUGCCUUGAAGUGUGUCCGAAAACGUGACGUGGUGGAAAAAAAUAUGCAAGAUGCCUUGCUGUCAGAGCUGGACAUAUUAAAGGAGGUUGACCAUCCAUUUAUCGUCAAGUUCGUGCGGUCAUUUCGGGACGAGAGAUCCGUGUUCUUCCUGACAGAAUUGGUAACCGGCGGCGAACUGCUGGAUGCACUCGAUGCACUGGGACUUCUGAAUCACUGGCAGGCAUUGUUCUACACCGGAUGCAUUGUCCUUGCCCUCGAGUUUCUGCAUUCCCGCCGCAUCGCAUACCUCGAUCUCAAGAGCGAGAACUGUCUCAUUGACCAGCAGGGAUAUCUCAAGAUGAUUGAUUUCGGCAUCGCCCGGCGCAUUACCAAGACCAGGUAUGGGCCCCUGAAGGGCACCCCAGUCUUCAUGGCGCCUGAGAUGGUCCUUGGCAAGGGGAACUCCACCGUGGCAGACUUGUGGAGCCUGGGCAUCUGCCUCUAUGAGUUUGUCGUCGGCCAGUUUCCGUUCGCCAGUAACUGCUCCAAUCGUGGCCAGAUCUUCCACCAGAUCUUGCGAGCCCCAUUGCGAUUUCCCGAGUGGUUUUACAAACAGCCGAUGGCGGAGGAAACAAUGGGCCUCCUUCGGGGUCUCUUGUCGAGAGAUCCCAAAAGACGGCUGGGCGCUGGUCACGAAGGAUAUGCGAAGCUGAAGGCACAUCCUUUCUUCAAAUCGUUGUGCUGGGAAAAGCUCCUAUGUCGUGAGUAUGACCCCCCAUACAUCCCGGCGUCGGAGAAAUAUGCUGAGGACAAGAGCCAGCCUGUGAACCCGAAGUCAGCGGGAAAGCCUCUGCCUACGGUGGAAGAGGAGGAGGCACGCUGCGCCGCACCGGAGGAGCCCUGGCAGGACCCAUCUCCAGGUUGGGAUAUGGAGUUCUGA